UUAAUGUAGGGGAGAACUUUGUCGGGUACAUCUUGGAAUAGACAAGAUUGACCGCGUGUGAUGAAAAAAAAUAUAUGUAUAUAUAAGGAUUUUAAAGCAUUGUAUAAGUUUUGCCACUCUGAUUUUCGGACAAGCUCGGUGAGCAUUUGUUUCACAAAUCAAUUAGACUUGAUAACUUGGAUUCAGAACGAAGCCGGUUCGUUGAACUGACACGUUGCUGUACGUCACGUGUUGUGUUACACACGCGCAUUUUGCGAGUGGAACUGUAUGUAUAUGAGGGAGAUAGGAUAAUUGUUGUCUGAUUUCAUAGAACGCAAAAAAAAAAGAACGGAGUAGUUAAUUGCUUCAUUCGUGCAUGCGGAUGAAACUCGAAUAAUUAUACAAACAUUACGUCCUAUCAUGAUUCGAUCGAGUCUCGUAUUAAUUUUUGUCAUCGCUAUUUCGCACAUUAUUGUUGGUGAUGACUGCAGAGGAUGUGUGCCUUUGGAUUCGUAUUCGUUCGAUAAGGUUAUUCCCAGAUUUAAGGCAGUGCUCGUUAAAUUCGAUGUAGCAUUUCCUUAUGGUGGUAAGCACGAGCAAUAUGCCACCAUAGCGGCUGAUACCAAGGAUUCACAGGAUCUCUUGAUAGCUACAGUGGGUGUAAAAGACUUUGGCAAUAAGGAUAAUUCCGAUCUAGCGCAACGCUACAACAUUAAGAAGGAUGACUUUCCGGUAGUUUUACUAUUUAUACAGGGUAAAUCUGAACCAAUUAGAUUCACUCCUGAGAGAGAAUCUGAUUUUACGGGCGAAUACUUGAAGCGAUUUAUCAGAUCUAAAUCAAGAGUAUACUUAGGAUUGCCAGGAUGUGUGGAACGAUUAGAUAAAUUAGCUGAAGAAUUCAAAACUGCGGGAGAGCAGGACAGGCAGGAAAUACUAAAGAAGGUAAGAAUCUUUGAGGAGACUUUACCGGAAGAGCAACGAGAGGCAGCAAAAAUUUAUGUCAAGACUAUGGAGAAAAUCCUUGAACGGGGAGAUAUAUUUGUACAAACGGAAGAAACGCGGGUACAGGGGCUUCUUUACAGAGGAAAGUUGUCUGAGCAAAAGAAGCGUACAAUGGAAGAGAGACGAAACAUCUUGCAAUCUUUUUCAGCUAGGGACGAAUUAUAGAGAAUUUAAAUUAUAAUACAAUAAUCACCUAAGUAAUAUCUAGCAAUCAAAUUUGAGUCGUCCGAGUGUCGAGAUUGUUGUGCUGUUUUGAAUUAUUUUAUAUGCUCGUUUUGUAAAAGUAGCAAUAGGAAUAGAAAUCGCGCGCACAUAUAUGAGAGCAAUACGCUCUAUUUUCUAUUAAGUGAAUAUUUCUAUUAAGUGAAUACCGUAUUUACUUUAAUUAAUUUGCAUUCCUUAAUCUAUUCCUCUGUGAUGAAAUAUUUCUCAUGCUUUAUGUUCUAUUGGUGCAAAAUACAUAAUGAUUUGUUAUUU